AUGGGGUCCUCAGGACUUCUGAGCAUCUUGAUACUCUCUGCCCUUCUUGUGACUAUUCAGGGACGUGAUCUGAAAAAAUGUCCCAAUCUUAAAGAGAAGUGUAAAUUCAGAGAAAGAGAUGAAUGUGCAAAGGACAGCCAAUGCUUGCCCAGCAGGAAGUGUUGCAAGUUCAACUGUGGGAAAAAAUGUCUGGACUUGACCGAAGACAUCUGCAGUUUGCCCAAGGUGUCUGGCCCCUGCUGGGCUUAUUUUUAUCGAUGGUGGUAUAAUAAAGAACGUCAACAGUGCUUCGGCUUCAUCUAUGGUGGCUGCAAAGGAAAUAAAAACAACUUCCAGUCCAAAGACAUAUGCCAGAAUGCCUGUUCCCCCAAAUUGCACUAA